AUGCAAAAAAGGUCGACGACUUUCGACCGAGAUUAUUUAUUCAGAGAGCUUUUCGUUAAUGUCCCGGAAUACCGACGUGUGACAUUGGCCAUCGAAGAAACGAAGAGUUAUCGCCGGUUGCGCAACGUCCAACAUCCGGCGACGACGAUACGACGAUACGACGACGUGACGACGCGACGCCGGCUCAACGCGCCGGAGGCAACGAACAUC